AUGAGCGCCCGGGCCACCUCGUACCGCCGCGCCUUCGGGCCGCCGCCGCUGCUCUCGCCGGGCUCCUACUCCUCCGCCUCCGCCUCGUCCCGCCUGGCCGCCGCGCGCCUGCUGGGCUCGCCGCGCUCCGCGCAGUACGCGCGCAGCUCGCUGCGCGCCGCGCAACCGGCCCGCCUGGCCCCGGGCGCCGAGCGGCUGGACUGGGCGCUGGCCGAGGCGCUGAACCGCGAGUUCCUGGCCACCCGCGGCAACGAGAAGGCGGAGCUCCAGGAGCUCAACGACCGCUUCGCCAGCUUCAUCGAGAAGGUGCGCGCCCUGGAGACGCACAACGCGGCGCUGCGCGCCCAGCUGGACCAGGCGCAGGCCCGCGAGCCCGUGCGCGCCGCCGACCUGUGCCAGGACGAGCUGCGGGACCUGCGGCGCCAGCUGGAGCUGCUGGGUCAGGAGCGCGACCGCGCGCAGGUGGAGCGGGACAACUUGGCCGAGGACCUGGCCGCGCUCAAGCAGAGGCUGGAGGAGGAGAUACACAGGCGUGAGGAUGCAGAGAACAACCUGGUGCUGUUCCGGAAGGAUGUGGACGACGCCACCCUCUCACGCCUGGAGCUGGAACGCAAGAUCGAGUCGCUGAUGGACGAGAUCGAGUUCCUGAAGAAGCUGCACGAGGAGGAGCUGCGUGACCUGCAGGUGAGCGUUCAAAGCCAGCAGGUGCAGGUGGAGAUGGAGACGGCCAAGCCAGACCUGACGGCCGCGCUGCGCGACAUCCGCACCCAGUACGAGAGCAUCGCGGUGAAGAAUCUGCAGGAGUCCGAGGAGUGGUACAAGUCCAAGUUUGCUGACCUGUCGGACGCGGCCAACCGGAACCACGAGGCGCUGCGCCAGGCCAAGCAGGAGAUGAACGAGUCCCGGAGGCAGAUCCAGAGCCUGACCUGCGAGGUGGACGGGCUGAAGGGAACCAAUGAGGCGCUGCUGCGCCAGAUGCGGCAGCUGGAGGACCAGUACGGGGUGGAGGUCGGCAGCUACCAGGACACGGUGGGGCGGCUGGAGCAGGAGAUCCAGCACCUGAAGGAGGAGAUGGCGCGGCACCUGCGUGAGUACCAGGACCUGCUCAACGUCAAGAUGGCGCUGGACAUCGAGAUUGCCACUUACCGCAAGCUGCUGGAGGGCGAGGAGAACAGGAUCACGAUCCCCAUCCACUCGCUGGCCUCCCUCAGCAUGAAAACGUCGGUGCCCGAGCCGGAGCAGACCAUGGAGAGCCACACCAGGAAAAUGGUUCUGAUCAAAACCAUUGAGACCCGGAAUGGAGAGGUGGUGACUGAGUCGAGGAAGGAGCAGAGAAGCGAGCUGGACAAGUGA